GCCGGUAGCAUUUUGUCUCCAUCCGAUUUUCAGAAUUCCGCUGAGAUACCAAUCCGGUCACGUGGGGAAUGAGGUCUUCCGAAUAUGGUAGGUUACGGUCGUGGGUAGGUUUGGCAUGGGAGUCUCACCAACGAUACGUCCGAUUUGCUCAGAUUGUUCGAUGCACCUCAGUGUAUAUGGGUGUCAUACUUGCAUGGGACUAUGUUUUGGGUGCAACGUACGGCAUGAUUCUUAGGGCUUAAGUUGGAUAGCAAUCAAAUCUAUAAUUUCCAUAGGCA